AUGUCGUCGUCAGAAUCCCUCGAGAUUGAUGAUACAUCGCCGCCCAGUCUGGAGGAGGUGGCCGAGAGGCUGCGUGGCCUGGCUGAACAGUACCCCGCCGGCAGGUUCGACGAAACCUUGAGAUUGGCUGAGGAAAUGUUGCGUGAAGAGCGAGCUGAAAAGGAAAAACCUCGCACCACCCAGAGCGGUCAUGCGUCUCCUUCCAGGGACGCUUCUAAGGCGUCGGGUUCGGGCGCUGGAGACUCGAAGAAGAAGUCUGCUAAGAAGGCUCACAAGGGUAAGGACGCCGACGGUUCGGCGGAUGUCGUCGACAAGAAUCUCCCCGAGAUUGAGGGUGCUCUGUCUACCCUCACCAUCAACCUCGGCUAUGGAGACAAGGCUGAUGCGUCCAUGGUCUUUUGCCCCUGGCGUAUGGUUUUUCAUUAUCCGGAGUGGUUUAUCGGCAAGGCCAAUGGCCCACGGGCUAAACCCUUCUUUGAGAAGUUUUAUGAGUAUCAGGCCUGGGACUUUUUCUACAUGUUCAGCUCUGACCCAGGUCUCUCGACCCCCGUCCUCUUCGUCCCAACCGAGCAAUUCGAGAACUUCCUCUCCAUUAUCAACGCCAAGUUGGAUAUCCAGCUCACCAUCCCUCCCGGCGAAAACGCCGCCAAGUUCUCCUACUCCUUCACGCAGGACUCCAUCCGUCCCGCCUACCUCGGCCGCGUCCACGACGCCAAGACGCGUGAGAUGAUCCGCACCGCGAACCUCCCCGAGUUCACCAACGAGUUCUUCGGCGACGCCUCCGCCGACGACAUCAAGCAGCUCAGCUGGCUCCUGCACGAGAUCCUCUCCGUCAAAUUCAAGAGGGAUAAGAAGAACCGCUCUGACGAGAAGCAGCUCAAGGCCCGUGAGCAUCGAAGGGAGGAGAUGUUCAAGUUCCAGGUCCUCCUUGGAUUUAAGCCUAAUGAUUCUACGGCUCUGCAUCAAAACUUCGAGUUCGAUGCUGACAAGGCCGCCAAGUUCCCGUUGGACCUUGGCCUUGUUCUUAUUUCGCUCGAUGUCGAGGCUCAUGAGGGUAUCGGUUCUCCUACCGAGGUUGGAAUCGCCAUCCUUGAUACUGAGAAGACCAAGGGUAUCGCUCCUGGUAAUUUGGGUGAGAAUUGGUUGUCCUUCAUUGAGUAUAAGCACUUGCGAGUUCAGGAAUUCGCCUCGCAUGUCAACUGCAAAUACGUCCACGGCUGUCCCGAUAAGUUUAACUUUGGCACGAGCGAGUUCGUCUCCCACGAAGACCUCCUCAGCACCAUCAAAGCCAUCCUCACCAAGUACACCACCUCCAACAUCCCCGAAGGCUCCGCCGCCACGAAGCGAUCCGUAGUGCUCAUCGGCCACGACUUCCAGCAGGAGGAGAAAUAUCUCAAGAAAAUCGGCUACAACCUCUACGAGGAGACUGGAAACGUGGCCCUGUGUGCCGAUUCCAAGGACCUCCAUCAGCAUCUCACCAGCGACUCGAACGGUCGUAGCCUCACCCACGUCCUCCUCGACCUGGGCAUCGACUAUUCGAACCUCCACAAUGCCGGAAAUGAUGCCGCGUAUACCCUCCGCGCUGUUAUUGCUUGCGCCAUCAAGGAUAUGCAGCAGAACCCUCCCACUGACCCUCCCGGUGUUGAGGUUGCCAAGAAGGUUGUAGUUAAGAGGGCGGGUGGGGGCUUUGUUCCUGGUGCCCCUUGGUUGGUCGAGGAGGAUGAUGAUAAGACUCCGGUUUGA